UUUAUUUUCGUCCGAUGUGCAUCCAAAUUUGUUUUUGAAAGCACGUUGUUGAAUUCAGAAUUUUUGCAAUCGUAUUAUAUGUUAAAGUAUAUAAAUACAUUGUAUAAAUUUAUAUUUAAUAAAUAAUUUUUUAAAAAGUGAUCAUGGACAAAAUAAAAGUCAAUAAUCAAGUGGUGUCAAUGCGGAAGUUUGUCAAGCAAGCUAAAAUUCAUGCAAUAAAUAAAUGUACAAAACAAAUAAAGUUUUUAGAAAAUCGAAAAGGCAACGAAGAGCAAAUAGCUAAAACAAAAAGAAAACUUCAAAGACUAUUAGAAGAAGUUAAUAUUCUCAAAAAAAUCAAGCCAGAUUCAGUUAGUAAAUUAGCAUUGUCAAAAGCAAAAGACUGGAAAGCUGUUUUAGCAGAGAAAAACAUACCACUAGAAGAGAGAUGUUUUGCAAUGUUAGCUAAUCAUCCACCAGUUCAAAAAUGUGUGGAAAAAUUUCACAAUGAUAAUAGUGAGUUAAUUCCUAAAAUACCUGAACUUGUCAAACAAUGGGAGGAAAAAAAAUCUAAGCGCUCACAAAUGUUAAAACAGAAACAAAAAGUCAAACAAAAUGAUGUCAAGAAUCCAAAUACUGUACCCAUUGGAAAUAAAAAUAAUUUUCACAAAUCUAGCGAAAUUCAAACUGAGUGUCAAAAUUCUGAAUCUUUGGAAAGUUUGCCAGAUAGUUCAGAUAUUAAAAAUUUUCAGAAAGAUACAUCACAACAAAAUUUGAAAAACGAGAAAGCAGUCAGAAGGAAAGUGUCUUUGAAUAAUGCAUCUGAUAAUUUAGUUUCUGUAAGUAUUCCAAACUGUCGAGAUGAAAAGAAAUUACUAACAAUUGAUGAUGCUGAAAGUGAUGAUGAAUCAGAUGCUUCUCUUUCUAAUAGUUCAGACUUUUCUAAUCAUUUGAGCAAUCAAGUUAAAGAAAAAACAAAUAAUGAUAAAUCCUACAAGCAUUCAAAGAAGUCUGAAACAAGUGUUUUAGAUCCUGAAACUAAUUUAGCUCAGGAAAAAGUACUGCUUAAAAGUAAUAGCAAAGAACCAAUAAUAAAAUCAGAUAAAGAAGGAAAUUCAGAAAAAAUGCAAGGCAUAAGAUCUAAAUUAUUAGAAAUUUCAAUGUCAAAAACAAAGGUGCAAAAUAAACCAAGAAGCAAAUCUUCAACUAUUUUUCAGCAGUCUAAUGCAGGAGAAAAAAGUGACGAUGAAAGUUCAGUAGAGAAAUACAAAAUGGCAGAUAAAAAUGCUAAUAUCAGUAAUACAAAGGCCAAGCCUUCACUUCCUAUAAACCUAGAAGUAAAAAAUAAAAUAAAAGCCAUAACAAUGCUAGAUCUGAAUGAAUUGCAAGAUGUUGAUGAAAUUCCUAUUGAGAAAUCUGAUAGUGAUAUUGAAGAUGAAAAUAGUGAAGAUUCGGGAAAGCAAAAGAAAGAUCCUUUUUUCCUACGUGAUGGUGAACCAGUUUCUGAAAGUGAUGAAGAUGAGACUGUCGAAAGAGAAACUAUGAGGAAGCGGGACUUUCCCUCUUUUAAAAAGAAACAAUAUGGUGCUUUUAAUAAAAGAGAGCAAAGAGAUCAUUCAUUUCCGAAAAGCAAAUUCGAGAAGCAUUCUAUGAAUGGAAGAAAUUCAAGUUUCAGAGAAAAUAGCUUUAUGAAAAAUAAAAAAGAAUCAACUUUUAAAGGCAAUAAAAGAAAUUUCAAACAAACUUUUGAUGACAAUUCUGAAUAUAGACAAAAUAAGAAUUUUAAGUUUGCAUCUAAAGAUAAAUUUAAUAAAAGAAAUGGUUUAAAUAAUUUUGCAAAGAAUCAUGAAGAAAAAACUUUCAGCCAAAACCACAGCAGGGAUUCAAAAUGGAGUAGCCAUUCUUCAAAGCCUAAUUUGAGUAAUUCUCCUCAGAAAAAUAAACCUGAUGAUAAGCCCUUACACCCCUCAUGGGAAGCCAAAAGAAAAUUAAAAGAAGCUGCAACUUUGAAAUUUCAAGGAAAAAGAAUGGUGUUUAAUGAUUAGAUUUGUUAUUUUGCAUUAAUUUUGUUAAUGCAUUUUGUUGUUUUAAAACACUGUUUACAAUAAAGUUAUUUUUUAUAUCAUUUUAA